CGCGCCUUUGCGUCGCAGCAGUCAUCUUGCCACUCAUCGCUGCAGCCACUCUCUGCUGGCGCGCCGUCCGUGUUGUUGUGUAGUAAAUAAUGGCGGCAUCGGGAGGCGGAUUAUCUUCUCCCGCUGCUGUCGCGGGCUUGAGUAGCCAGACACCGGCCCGGGCUCGUUUUCCGGGCCGGCCGUGCACGCUUCGCAGCAGGCAGCGUUCGGAGAAACGUACCAGACGCGGAAGGUUGGGCUCGGAGGAGACGGAGCUUCCUACUGGAGGGCCGAGGCCCGUCAACAUCGGCCUCGCGUUAAGCGAGGAUCCGUCCCUCCUGCGCCUCCUUGGGCUGGAGGAGAAGCACAGGCGGCAGAGAGAUGCGGGUUUCGAGUCCAGCAACAGCGAGGAGGAGGAUGAGUUCACUGGAUUUGGGAUGACAACAGUUCGUCCACAAAAGGCUUCUGCUGCUGUUUCUCAUUCGUCACUCAGCCAAGAAAAGUCUCCUAAUGUUUUGGACCAAUCACAAGAAGCAAAGCCUCUUAUUGGAAAAAUUAUACCCAAGACCCCAAAGCCAGGUCUGAUUGGAAAAAUUGUACCAAGAGUUCCUAAAGAAGACUUGGAUGGUAAAGAGAGCGAAGAAAAAGAGAAGGAAAUACCAAAGCAUGUAAUCAAACUACAGGGAAAGCAGGUAGUUCUCACUGCAAAAGCCAAACAUGCAGACAAGCAGGCCUCAGGUACACAGAGUGGUACAAAAUCACCUGAUAUUUUCAGAAAAGCAGGAGAAACGGCACAUUCAGGCGUGUUAAAUCAAGCAGCUGGUACCUCAGCUGGUGGCACCAAGCAAGGCAAGUCAGCAAAUGCUGUGACGGCAGCAGUUAAAGGCACAGAAAGAGCUCGAAGGAGGAUCAAAGAAGAAGGCGAGGUGUCAGAGGACUCGGAUAGGGACCAGUCCCUGACGCGGAGGUCUGUGAAACGCGUCAAGGGUUUUGAAAUUGGGCAGCCUCGACGCACAUCUCAUCUGAUGCCUUUGCCGUUUGCAUCUUUUCAGAAACGACAAAAGAAGAGGUUUGCUAAAGGUAUGGGUGCCUCUCCUGAGGCUGGAGCUGAGGCUGGCGCCCAGAGCGGGGUAGAAGCGGCGAUGCCCCUUGAGUGUGAGGCUGCAGAUGUUGUUGAAAAAAGAGCACACAGAAGACAUCAGCGCAAAUCUGUGUUUGGCUACAGGAGGAAGACAAAAAGUCUUCCACUCAUUAAGGGGCCAAAACUCGGUCGUCCUCGUACUAGGCGUGUUUUUUAUACCUACGAGCCAGAACCCAUUCCAGCCACAGACACACAGGAUGGCAACGAGCUGCUGAUCCAAGAUCAGAAUGUUACUCCAUCGGAGAAUAAGGCAAAGCCAUUUUCAGAGGAACUAGGCCAGAGCUCCAGUAACUCCUGCACUCCAUUAACGAGUGGACGGUCUUCCCGAGUGAUUAAAGCUCCAAAGAGAUUCUUGGAUGAGGAAAUGAUUCCUUUUCCGAAGGGCCCUCUGUCAACAUGGCUGAAAAGUCAACAGAAAGAGGAUGGAAAACCAAGUGCAUCCAUUCUCGAGGCAGGUUAUGAAGGCAAAUCGCUACAGUCGGACAGUGACUCUAGAUCUCUUUUUGACAGCUCGUCAGGCAUGUCAAGAAUCUCAAAGCCCGGCCCAGGCACGAGCCACCUGGAGUUCUACAAGAACCUCAAGAAACUGACGUUAAAACUGGCAGAGAAAAAGAAAGGACCAUCUGACAUUCAUGGAGAUUAUGCACAAGAUGGUGACAGUUUGACCUCUCAUGUCAGGAAAAGACGGAGGUCCAAACUCAUGAUGGAGGAGUUGGACUCACCUGGUGUUGUGAGGAAGCUAGCUGUGGUGGUCAACACUGAUGUGGAAACGCCCUCGCAAGUGCCAUCAGAAGAUGGAGAUAAAGGAAACAAGAUCGAAGCACCAAAAGUAACAGCGGACAGUUGCGAGGGGCCAGAAGUCAGUGGGCCCAGCCAUCGACUAGGUCUCAGUGGAGCCAAUAAGAGGAUGCUCCACCUGCUGAAAAAAGCCAAAGUCCAGCUCAUCAAGAUUGAUCAACAGAAGCAGCUGAAGUUGUCACAGUUGGGCUCUAGAGAAACACGAAUGCCAGUGAGUGGAAGGAGGAGGAGGAGGAGAGUUGGCCUGCCUCCCAAAGAUGUUGCUCGUCAGGAGCAGCCUCUUGGUGGUCCGAGGAUCAAACACGUGUGCCGGGCAGCAGCUGUGGCUUUGGGGCAGCCUCGUGCCAUGGUGCCAGAUGACAUUCCCAGACUCAGCGCUCUGCCACUUCACGAGAGAGAGGGCAUCACCUUUUCUCCCGCAGCUGAAGAUGUGGCAGAUGAUGACGAUGACAUCACUGAUCAGGGCAGGACCCAGUGGGUUGUCUCUCAGGAAAGCAUCCAGCGCAGGAGGCGAGGGAGGGGCAAGGGCCACAGGUUCAGGAAAAGGAAGAUGCUGAGUCAAUAUACUCGUGGAGGAGUGCGUUCGAGGCGCUGUGGACGCUGCAAAGGCUGCUUGGUGGAAGAGGACUGUGCCAAAUGCAUCAACUGCCUGGAUAAGCCCAAGUUCGGGGGGCCAAACACCAAGAGGCAGUGCUGCAUAUAUAAGAAGUGUGACCGGAUUGAAAAAGCAAAGAUGGCGCGGAUUGUGAAACCAUUUAAAGUCCAGGCGAAGGGGUUUUUGGGCUCCGUUACAAGCAGUGACGAUACAAACUGGACUUCUGGAAAGCCGGCCGAGGGAACGUCCUCGAUGACGCUUGGAGUCAGGAAGCAUUCACUGCGUAACAUCACACCGCGCUCUUACAGUAGUCUGCUUAAAUCAGAAUCUGAAGACGAGGAGGACGAGGAAGAAGGAGAGGACAGGACAGAUAAAUCGACAGUAAAGCCAAAUGUAGCUGCUGCCAACAAUCAAGAUCUUGCUUCUCAAGAUGGUGGAUCAGUGGCAGACGACCCAGAUGCAGGGAAGCAUCGCCGGCUGCCUUCCAGAGGAGCUGGCAGCAGAACCAAAGCUUACAAGGCACAGGAGAGCGCAGAAGAGAUGGAGGCCAGAGAAACUUUCCCUGAGCCCAGACCACCCUGGACCCCAAUGCGGCAGCUACAAAUACACUUAUGCCGUCUGCCUGACUUUGUCCUGCAGUCUCCUGCUGUGUAUUUGCUGCGGCAGUCGCCCCAACAUGAUGAUGUGGAUCGGUGUAUUGCACAGUCGCAUCCACAGUUGUCUCAUCUUGCAACACAGCCUGCUUUUUCCCAUUUGUCAUGUCCCAUUACAAACUGUCCCCCAGAAAUAUCCCAUCCUGAAACACAGCCUGCUUCUCCACUUUCACCUCAUCCCAUUAGAGACUCGCCACAGAAAUCUUUGUUGUUACGUUUGCAGCGUUUGCCCCAGUCCGUGGUGCAGUCGGCCAUGCAUUCGAACAAAUAUGUGUCAUCACCACCUCAGCAGCAUCCACAGUCCACGCUACACUCGGCUCUGAUUCAGGUUUCAUCACAGCAGUGCUCUCAUGGGCGUCCAGGGUCUGAGGUGGAGCACACAGAGACGCACAGAGCUAAGACAGAUAAAACUCUGAGCAGAGUUGUGCCUGGCCCCCCUCAGACUGUCAGUGCAGGCGCAGAAUUACAGGAGGACGCACAAGACGAGCAGGAGGAGCGACGACUGGAGCAGGCUGAAGAGGACAAGCUGGAUUCUUCUGUAAAAGAGACAGUGCUGCAAAACUGUCCAACAACUGACCCACACUCUGUCCUUCGUUCCCAGAAUCCUGCAGAGUGUACGUCAGUGAACACCCCGACAGGGUUAACUAACGGAUUUCCCCAAAAGGGCCUGUCGCAGAACACGUACAAGAUCCGUGUAGACUUCAAGGAGGACUGUGCGGUCCAGAAUGUGUGGCUAAUGGGCGGCCUCAGCGUUCUCACAUCUGUCCCAACUACGCCUCAGCCCGUCUGUCUGCUCUGCGCCAGUAAAGGGCGACACGAGAUGAUCUUCUGUCAGAUCUGCUGUGAGCCUUUCCACAGUUUCUGCCUGUCACCUGAGGAGCGCCCCCUUGAGGAGAACAAGGAAAACUGGUUCUGCAGGCGCUGCAAAUUCUGCCACGUGUGCGGACGUCGAAGCAAGAGCACAAAGCCUGUGCUGCAGUGCAGGAGAUGCCAAACGUCAUACCACCCUUCAUGCUUGGGACCAACAUACCCUAAACCUAUGAACUCCAGCGUCCCCUGGGUGUGUAUGUCGUGCAUUCGGUGUAAAAGUUGCGGCGUGACUCCUGGAAAGACCUGGGACUUGACGUGGAACCACGAGCAGGACCUCUGCCCUGACUGCACUUCACUCCACAAAAAAGGUCAUUUCUGCACUAUCUGCCACAAGUGCUAUGAAGACAGUAUCCAACCAUCACAGAUGCUUCAGUGUUCGCAGUGCAGCCACUGGAUUCAUUACAGAUGUGAAGGGAUCUCAGAGGAGCUUUUUGGGCUGCUCUCAAGUCAGCAAGGCAGAGUGGAUUUUACAUGUUCGCCCUGCAGUCAGCACCAAACCAGUCACAGCAUCCUGAAGGUGGAGCUGCAGAGGAGGCUCACAGCCAGAGUGGAGGAGGUGCUCACUGACCUCCUCUCCUCCAACAGCACUCAGCACCUUAUCACGUGUAAAACGUGUCAGGAACCAAACAUCACAGCAUUUAUCAGGGAACAGCAACCAGUCUGUGAUCUACAAGCGGUUGAGAGGAGGUUUAAAGGGGGCGGAUACACCUCAAUAAAAGCCUUUCAUAGCGAUAUUGCUUCUGUGAUAAGGCAAAGGCUGCAGGAAGAGGAAGCUCUGCUGGAAGAUCAGAGACCGACCCUUCAGGCAAUGUCACACUACGUUGAAGUCAUGGAAAAAGUAUUCAGUUGGUGCAAUGUCAAAAAGUGGAACUCGUUCUCAGAAGAACUUCCGAGUGGCAUGCUCCCCGAGGCAGUUCUCCCACCAUCUAAAGAGCACAGCUAUGCACAAUGGCUGGAGAGAACAUACCAGCUCAAAAACUCCAGGGACCCACAGACGGGGAAAACCGACUCAUCAGUGACUUCACAGCAAACUCCUCUGAAAUUACUUGAGAUCACCAAGACUGAAGAUGUGAGACAAUGUGCCCUGUGCCAGCAAUGUGGAGACUCUGCUCCCAGUGAAGCAGGACGGCUCCUGUACUUGGGUCAGAACGAGUGGGCCCAUGUUAACUGCUGUCUUUGGUCUGCAGAGGUGUACGAGGAAAACAGUGCUCUUCUUCAGGUGCACAGUGCUGUCUCAAGGGGGCGCCACCUGCGCUGUGAUCGUUGCGGGCAGUCAGGAGCCACCGUGGGCUGUUGCCUCCCCACCUGUCAGAGUAACUUCCACUUCAUGUGUGCACGUGCCCAGAGCUGCGCGUUCCAGCAGGACAGGAAGGUUUACUGCUACAAACACAGGGACCUGGUGACUGCAAAGAUCGUCUCUGGUAAAGGGUUUGAAGUCCCGCGACGGGUGUAUGUGGACUUCAAUGGGAUCAAUCUCAGAAGGAAGUUCCUCACAGGUCUUGAGCCAGAAUCCAUAAAUAUGACCAUAGGCUCGCUGCAGAUUCAGAAACUUGGUGUUCUGUCAGAGCUGUCGUCAAAUGGGAGGAUGCUGUAUCCUGUAGGCUAUCAGUGUUCACGGUUGUACUGGAGCACCGUGGACCCACGCCGGCGCUGUAAGUACACCUGCAAGGUGACAGAGGUGAGCACUCCUCUCCCUGGUGAGGAACAGAAUUUGAAGUGGGAGGAUGAAGAGAACCACACCAUAGUCCACAGUCCGAACCACCACAGAGAUAUUGAGUCUCCAGAUAUUUUAAGUCCCACAUCCAGCCCAAUAAAAUCCACUUCCAUAUCACCCAACUCUAAACUGCACAACACACCCGGGUCUAAAAGCCCUGCUUACACACACACCAGGAGACCAGCAGGAGGAUCAUCUCGACCACUACCAUCUCCAGGGUGUGCUCCACCCAAAUCCCAUCACAUCCUGACUCUGAGGGACCUGGAGGAAACCCGGCGGCCUCGAAGGCUCUCGUCCAGAAGCCGGUGCAGCUCCUCGCCAUCAGAGAGCGACCCGUCCGUACCGAUGACACUCCGCUCUGGCGGCACGGUCCACUCCCGAUGUGCCCUAUUCAGCUCCCCUCCGAGAGCAUCGAACUUUGGAUCGGCUUCACCUCCUCUCUCACGACAGAACUCUGCAUCUCCAGUCUGGAGCUCCCCACCUAGAUCCAGCUCCAGCAUUUCUACAGGGCUGUCGCCUCGGCAAGGAGCCAUCACUCACUCCCCCAGAGGGAGGCAUAGCUUUAAAAUUACCACUCCAGUCUCUGCCGAGGUUCCCCAAGACUUUUUGGCAUCCUCUGAGGCAGAAGAUGCAGCUGUGGCCACUACAAAUGGGAUCUCACUGGCACCUGAUAACCUGGAGGAGGAAGUGGCCCACCUGAUGUCUCAGGAGCUUCCUUACACUGUGUUUGACACUGACACUGAGGUAGCAGUGGACUCCAUGCUGAAUGCUAAGCUUGAGUUUGAUGAGGCUUUGCUCACAGAGAAUGUGUCGCUUCAUUGCGGGGCACAAGGCAGCAGAGAGGUGGAAAUGCAGGGAAACGAUCAAGAGAUUGAUUCUGAAGAAGACGACUCGAGUCGUUAUUUUAAGUUUUCACGCACGGUGGUGUGCGAUCACACAGCAAGUGGCUCGGAUACCUCAGGUCAGCUUAAUUCAGCUCAGUCUAUCCCGCAGUUAGACGGUGCGGACGGUGGGUCGGAAACUGAAAGCGAGGCGGCCGAUGAAGAUGCUCAGGAUGCAGAGGGAGGGAAUGAAGAAGCUAAAAUUCAAACCAACCACACUACACCCACUAAACAACUAACGGUGGCGCUAAAGAGGCUUGAGUCAAUCUACACGGUCCCAAAGUCACCAGUUGAAGAACAACCUGAACCAGUGCUUCAGGAAAGUCUUUCACCUUCUGCUUUCCUGGAGUCAGCUUACACAAAUAACGAACUGUCCGUUCAGGAGGAAGAGGUCCCGAUGACCUCAGAAACAUCGCCGUCUCAAAACGAGGUGUUCUUGGAUUCAUCUACAGGCCACUUUGUUCCUGCUGAACAUGGCUCUGCAGAGUAUCCAAAUAAACACAUCGUUGGCGACAGAGAUGACAGCGCUUCGUCAGCUGACUCAGAUGAAGGAUUUAAAGAUGAUUUGAAUGAUCCUGAUUAUUCUCCAGAGCCUAAAACCAAAAAACCUCCCACAGCACAGAUGAAAACGGUCUUUGUGAAGACAAAACAUCCUGCGCCAAACCUCAAGCGCUUGGCGAUGAAACCUUCACUUCCCCUGAUGCAAGCCAAACUGCCUUUACCCCCUUACCCUGGACAAACUGCGUCCGUUUCCUCUGCUGCAGUUACUUUUCAUGCAGUACCACGCCCGGUCGCACCCCCUGCCAUUAUCAAUGGUUUAAAUGCUUUAAACAUUCAGCCAGGUGCUUCACUGGGGAAAACCAUCGCUAUAAACUUGAUUAGCUCCAAGCCAGAAAGUCAGCAGCAGGCAGCGACGGAGAACCCAGCUGGGUCAGCUAGCACGCCCCCAGUGCAGGCUUCUACCCAUCAGGUCCUGCUGGUCAACCGGCACGGUCAGAUUAUGAUCAAAGACCCAAAGUUGAACACGUAUCAGCCUCUCAGUACAGAUUCACCAACCUACAAUAAGAUAAGCCAGAUUGCCAAGAUUCUCCACAGUGGUAAUGCUUUACAGCGCUCCAUGCCUCAUGUCAUAAUAAAGCCUCGGCCCAGCCCUUCAGCUGCAAACGCCCCUCCUGCCCCUAACCUCCAGGCGGCCCAGAGGAAGAUCAUCGUCAAAAUGGUGCCCAUGAAAAGCAACAGCACAGCUGCUGCUCCCACAACUGUCAGCAUGUACAGCUCACCUGAAUCUAGUUUCUCCAACAUUGAAGAAAGCACAGCCCAAGCGAUUAUCGAUAGAGCCAUGGCUACUCACCGCGACGCACCCAAAACAAAACCCAUCAUCCUCAGCAGUACUCGACAGCCAAAGGCCAAGCAUCGGAAACCAGUGCCAUUUCCCAACGUCGAAGACUCGGAUCAGUCAUCAGCUGGUCGUUCAGAGUCUCCCAGUGUUUUCGGUAAUGAAUCAAUACCUGCUGCAUCGCGCCACCAGGUGAGAGUUAAGAGAGUGUCGUCGGUGUCUGAGAGACCUUCCAGGAAGAAAUCCAAGAUGGACUUCUUGAAGGAUCCAUCGAGUGAGCCGGAGGACACUGAUGAAGCCAGGCCGAGUGGUGUGAGAAUGAAAGCUCCAACAAUGAAAGAUGUUCUUGAUCUGGAUCGCCAGCUUGAGCCACAGCCAGAGCCUGAGAGGAUCGUUGCCCCACCACCACCUCCUACACCCAAAAGGUGUUUUCAUGAUGACAGUCCACCAUUUCCCACCAAAACCAACAGUCAGAUUCAGGGUAUGACGCACAAAUGGGUGAGCGCUCGGCACGGAGACCUCUCUGAGUGGGGCCCUUAUUCAGGUUUUAGCUCAGAAGAAGAAGCACCACCUCCACCUAAACCCACAGCGAGGACGUACAUGAACCAGCCCCACCUGCGCUUUGAAAUCACCAGUGAUGACGGCUUUAGCGUUAAGGCUAACAGCAUAGAAGUUGCCUGGCGCGCUGUGAUAGACGGCGUCCUCGAAGCUCGGGCAGGGUUCCACCUAAGGCAGCUGCCUCUAGGUGGGAUGAGCGGGCCGCGGGUGCUCGGCGUCGUCCACGAUGCCGUCAUCUUCCUGCUGGAGCAGCUGCAGGGCGCCGCAUACUGCAAACGCCACCGCUUCCGCUUCCACCGAUGUGAUGACAUCGAGGAAGAACUUCCCCUCAACCCGAGUGGCUGCGCCCGAGCUGAAGUCUGCACACGGAAAGCAACGUUUGACAUGUUCAACUUCCUGGCGUCGCAGCACAGAGAGCUUCCCGACAUAUUGGGCCCCUUUGAUGAAGAGGAGGAUGAAUUCCCGCUCAAAUCUUCUAGGCGAGCCACCAGCAGUGAGCUUCCCAUGGCAAUGAGAUUCAGACACCUGGAGAAAAUCUCAAAAGAAGCAGUAGGAGUCUACAGAUCGCCGAUUCAUGGUCGUGGACUCUUCUGCAAAAGGAACAUCGAUGCUGGGGAGAUGGUGAUCGAGUAUGCCGGUACUGUCAUUCGCGCAGUCCUGACUGAUAAGCGGGAGAAGUAUUACGACAGCAAGGGCAUCGGCUGCUACAUGUUCCGCAUCGACGACUUCGACGUGGUCGACGCCACGAUGCAGGGCAAUGCGGCUCGUUUCAUCAACCACUCGUGCGAGCCGAACUGCUACUCGCGCGUCAUCAACGUGGACGGACGCAAGCACAUCGUUAUCUUCGCAUUGAGGAAGAUCUACCGGGGAGAAGAGCUCACCUACGACUACAAGUUCCCCAUCGAGGACGAGAGCAACAAGCUCUCCUGCAACUGCGGGGCGAGGCGCUGCCGCCGCUAUCUGAAUUAACCCCCCCCUCACCGCUAACCCUAAUAAGCCGUCGUAGCUGAUGCAGCUCAGGCGGCAAAUGAAAUCAUGAAGGCAAGUGUAGCCAUAUGAUGGAGGUCAAUAACGCGCACAGACCUGAGCCAGUGUUCAGAAGAUCAACCUACAGACCCGUGAAGGACGUACACAAGAUAAGAGCCAUAUGUGAAAGCUUGGGAUGAAGUCUACACAUGCACGCACACACACGAUGGAUUUAUGUACUGUUUCUCAUCUACUUCACACUUUGUUUUACAUCGCUGACUUUGCUGUCAGCGCCCUCUGCUGGAACUGGGGAAAAAAAGAAGUGCAAACUGAAGUGACCUAACUUCAGCUGUCUGUCUGUCUCUGUAAAUAAAAAGUCAGAGAGCGACGAAGAGGAGAAUUUCUACAGCACCUUAGCAUGACCCAGCCUUCUCUGGCAGCAGACAGGACUCACUUUUACUAUAAAGCAGCAGUGCAGCUCUUUUUACUCUGGAUACCACAUCUCUCGGAAGCAGGGACUUGAAUUAAGUGAAUUACAAAUUCCCGUUCACUUAAUAUUUUAGGUGCUGAUGACAUUUAUCCCACAGGUUAGUUUUAAUAGCAUCAAUCGAACCUUUGUGCUCCUCCAGUCAGCCGAAAGCUUCUGUUUUUAUUUGUAACGGCACAGAUGCUGUGACCCGAAUGCUUUUAUCCACUGUUACACUCUUUCUUUGUUCUCUUUGUUUGUGCAGUUUGUAUGUUUUAAGGCCUAUGAGGAAGCGUUUCCUUGGUGCAGCAUUCAAAAGGAAAACGGUGACCUUUCCCCGGCAUGGUCCCUUACAGCUCUUUUUGUACAUUUGAACAAUAAAUGUAUGGUCAUCAGACUAAUGGAAGUAAAUGUGUUUGAGCUUUUAACCUUCUCUUUGUAGGCUGAGCAACAGUGAAGCUUAUUCCCUUCAAUUGUUGUCUGGUUAAUCAUUGUUUUGUGCCCCCCCACACAAAUCUCCCUCAGGUGUUCUAUCUCAAAGAAAGAAGUGAGAUUUAAUUUAAUUACACAACACACAAUGGAAAAACUGCUUUCUUGCUCUUUAAGCUUUCUAAUUAUUGAAUUUCGAUAUUAAGAAACAGGUAACAUCACUGCUGUUGGACACUUAGAAUAGGUGGUCACCUUUUUUGUGCUUUUUCUUUCUUCCUCUUUUUUUUUUUUUUUUU